UCGUCGUCGUUAGGCAGAGAGAGUUGUGGGCUUCUUUCUCCUCUCUUUUUCUCAAGAAAGUUCUUGUUUUCUAUUUCAAAAAGAGGAAAAUGAUGGGCUUUCUGGGCUUCUUCAUUUUGUGUUCAUUUUUUUAAUCCAUUCUCUCUCCUUUGAGACAUGAAUUACAUGACGUCAUGCAGAGGCACCUGUUGCCCAUUCGGCCGCCAUGAUGUGCCUCGAUGACGUCACCCAACAAUGUUGUUUACAAUAGAUUUUUUUGAAUAAUUCAUGAUUCAACACUAGUGGUAAACAAAAUCCCCCACAUUUCGCCAUUUUGAAUAUCGUCCGGAAACUGAGUCAACGAAUCAUUUCAUUCGUUUUUUUCCCCCAUAAAGUAUGCAUUGAUUAACAUACAGCAAAACAGCCUAUCUAAACACAAAGAGCACGCUUUCCCUUUUGUCGUUCGGGAAAAGAACAAAUUUGCUUUUUAUUUUCCCGCCCCAUAUUCUUCCUGUAACUUUCUCCAAUAAGCCUCAUGAGGAAAACGAAACAAUUUUCGUUCAAAAGCUUUUACUUAGCAACGACAAGGGCCCGCAUUAUUGUUUUCUGCUUGUGCAUGUGUGUGUUUUUUGUUCUCCAUUUGUUUGGUUGCUGCUUUGAAUCGAUCCCGGAAGUUCUUUCGAUUUUCAUUAUACGGCGUUAUGGCGGCCAGACGGAAGUUUUUUGGCUCAAGCGUCAGAUGGCCUUGAAUUCAAGAGAAAAACGAUGCAAGUUUGCGUUUCCUUUUUUUUCUGUUUGCAACCUCGUCUCGUGUGUGUUGAUUCCUGGACUUGUGCCCUCUCUUUUAUUUCAAAACAACCUUGGCCAUUUGUACUUUUCGCACAAGACUUUUUCAAUUCCGUUUGAUGUAAUGGUAGAUGUCUAGGUGAUUUCCUGUCAACGAAUUAACGUCUGUCAAAGCUUUCUCCCCCUGGGAAAUGUAGGUUAGAUGCCACAGAGAAAGAAACUGUUCGUAAUAAUGGCUGACAACUUCUUUCUUUCGGUUACACGCAGUGCCAUGGUUGUGUGUGAAGAGUCUCUUCCCAAAACAAACUUGAAACUAUACCUGGAGGAGGGCAAACGCUGCUGCGUUGCCACUUUGAUGUAUACUUGGCGCCUAGCUAAAAACGAUGCACUUUCUCCGACCUAAAUUUUUUUCUUUUUCGAUUUUUCCGCCUCCAGGCCAUUUACAUGAGAGGGAAAAAAAAUCUCGAAUCGAAAACAUUAUUUUACCUGAAAAACGAUGGGAAGAAACAACGAAACAGGGGGGGAAAGUUUUAUGAUCAUUGAGUAUUGUAUAAUAUCGCCAUCAGCUACAGGCCAUGCUACUACGAGGCUAUUAUACCCUUUUUAACGUAAAAUAAUGAAACAUCCGGCUCGUUAUUUCAUUCACCCUCUCUCUCGGUUGUUGACGGUAAUUUGACGCAAUCAAGGAAUUAACAAGAAACCCAAGGAGUGAUGAACGCACUGAGUCGCCAGCGUGAGUCACGCGGGAUAAAAAAAUUUUCGGCAUGAGUUUUUAUUUUGUAUAUAAUUUUUUAAAAGAACAAAACUGACAAAAGGUAAAAAAAAAAAAACUACCGCCUGAAGAGUGAAAAUGAAGAAAUGGAAUUUUUGUUGCGGUUGGAGGCGACAGUGGUUUGUUGUUUCAUUUUUCUGUCGGGAGAGAAAAGAAAGACCAUAACAAAAACGGAGAAAGUCGUGAAAGUGCUGGAGAGAGCGGGCUUUUUCCUUUUUGCCCGUUUUUGUUGACCGAAUUGCUACAAUGAGAUUCAAUCUGUUUAAAACUGGUUUGCACCAUAACAGCAUAUAAGAUUAGCUCGAUUUUUUCUUUCCCCUGCUAUAAACGAUGACUUUGAUGAGCUAGUUUCUCCAACUGGUUCUCUUCUCUCUUUCAGAUUUGUGACUAGACUGUUUAUAGAGGUAGAAAACGUCUCAGCUCUUCUUGUUGGUGGAAACAAAAAAUAGAAAGUUCUUUUUUUUAUAUAGUAUUCCUCAUUCGUUUUUAUACAUACAUGUUAAUGACGUCCAGCAUCCGGUCCCCAUUUGCUUUUGCAACUGUUAUCCCUCGACCAUGCGACGCAUUUAUGUGUGUGGGGGGGAUAGCACUAACGCCAACUAGGCGCCACUUCUACAAACAUAUUUUUCAGUCGCGAAAUAGCUACAACUUUUUUGGCACUCGAUUAUUUGUUGAUGUUGACUUAGUUGCCAACUUACAGCAUGAAUAGAAAAUAUUACAAAUUUUUCGACAGGGAAAAUAGUCGGUGAAUAUUCGCCAUCUAGCGAUAACAAACAAAUGAACAAUGUCAAUAAUCAUCUAGAAAUUCAAACGCCAUCUAGAGACAAUAACCGAGAUACUAAAUGCCAUAUAGGGAGAAUACCAUCUAGCGAGAUUGUUUGAAGAUUAAACGUCAUCUACGGAGAUUAUCUCAACUAGCAGCAACUAACAGUAGCGCCAUCUAACCGUAAACUAUUUAUAAAAGCAAAGGCUUCUGUUUAGUUUUUAAGUCAGAUUAGGGUGCUAAAUAAAACGUUUCUUUUCGUAUUAUGUAUACAUUGGCUGUUACUAGAAAUGCGAUUCUAGUUAAGUACCCUGGAAGUCUCUUUGCGAAGUAUGUCCUAAUGCGUUGCAAACGGGAUAAUUUAAGAAUCAAUAUUUUCCAUUUCAACGAGAUUAUCAUCUAAAAUCCAUAACACGAUCGCAAGUCCUUUGUUGGUUACCUGCAUCAUCUACGUUUUUUGAAUAUCUUUUACAGUUUAAAAAUUAAAGAUUUGUUAAUAUUUGACCUAUUUGGUACAAUAUUGGCAAGCCGUCCAAUUACCUUUACAGGUUACUUGAUGUGUUUAGGGGUUGUGUAGCUUCUUGAAAUGACUUUUUUACUUCGAAAAUUGGCCCUUUUAAGUUUUGAUUGGGUCGAAUAUAGCUCUGCUUUUUUUUUUGCUAAAUCUCUUAUCUGACAGAACCAACAGGUCUUUCAUAACAUUAUAACAUAUUUGAAAAUAGAAAUAGAGAAGCAUUAGUGAUGCAAUUAAAAAUAUUGAAACAUUUAUAGACAGUUUUACCUGGCUAGUGCCCCAUGGAAUACAUUAGAUUUAGGAAGUCGGUUAGAUAGUGGAAUUUAAUUCGUAUUCACACAUCACACUCGACACCUGAUGCUUGCUUCGAAAUCGCCGGAACCAUUGUAGCUAACUUAAAUAAAGGGAAAAUUACUUCAAAAGAAAAUUGUACAUAAACCUACAUGUUAAGAAUGAUUCGUUCUUUUUGGCUGACCCAGACGUAUAAGAAAAAAUCCUAUAAACUGUAUUCGCAAUGAUCCAGGCUUCAAUGUGGAAACCAUUUUAUCAACGGUGCCAGGAAGAGACAAAAUUUGUUAACUGAUUGCGGUUACGGCAAUGCUGUUCAAGUGUUCUCAGCUGUCAUCAUGUCAACAAUAACAAAGAUAAGACAUUUAAAAUAACAAAAUAUUGGAUACAAGUAGUGAUUGAGAAUAUGGCUGAAAAAAAGUCGACUUCAAACCAAACAUGGACAAAAGUUCUAUACCAACGCAGCACCUAUCCGGAUAAUUACACUGAUCCCAAAUUUUUGGAAGAAAUAAAACGUAACGUGCAUUUUAAACCUGUAGACUCACGAACGGCUGUGUUGAAAUCGACUAGAAUAUCUACGCAGAUCAGCGUAACAGUUAUUUUUUGGGCGGUUUUCCUCCAACUCAAGGAAGGCAAUGGAUCUUGGGAGCUGACAUAUGGAAUGUUUUCUUGCCUAAUAGUUGCUGCCUAUGUAGUGUCCUUCCGCUUUAACAACAUCUUACCUGUCCUAAAAAAUGUUCUCCUUUUCAUAGCUGUUGGGUAUGGUUGUACACCUGUACUCAAAACCUUGACAGAUACAAUUAGUACAGAUUCCAUCUAUGCAAUGAGUGUAGUUCUUAUGUUAGUGCACAUUGGUUUUCAUCAAUACGGCAUGGGUGGAGUAUGUGUCUCUCCUUAUAUUUCCCUCAAUGCAGCCAUUUGUGGAGCAAUAUGCCUUGCAUCACGACUCCAAGAAACAAGACAUGCCUUUGCACUGUUGGCUUUGGCUGUGCAGGCAUUUGCUUUAUUCCCAGAAUUGUAUGAAGCCCUUAAUUAUACUCCAAUUGCUUUCACAAUUUUAACUGUUGGUGCCUUCUUCUGUAUGGUUUCUAUUUCUAUUGUUUCAGCAUCACUAUUUCUUGUCUCCAUAUUUUGUGUAAACAUAAUUUUCCCAUUGUGCUUUGUUUGGGCCCAACAGUAUAAAAACAAUAUAUAUGGUCCAUGGGAUGAGGCCAUGGUUUUCAACAGAUGAAAGCAUAAAUUGUAACUUACCAACAAUUUGUAAUAAAAAAAAUUUGUGAAGGUAAA